GUUUAUGAUUAUUUUUCUUAGAAUAGUAGUAACAAGGGGUUAGAUUACAUGAUUUCCCUUUGAUUUCUAGGGGGUUAGUGUAAAUUGUGAGUAGAUUUAGGGGGUUAGUGUAAAUUGUGCGUAGAUUUCUAUUGGCGAUAAUAGCUUCUCCAAGACAGAUGGAAUUAGUUGCGGAUUUUUACGACUCAUCACUCCCUCGACGGAGAUAAAUCGGUGACAUAAACUCCGGCCGGCCACUGAAUGCAUCAACCGUUGCUUGAUUCAGUUACUGUUGGGGAAGGAAUGGAGGAGAUACCACCGUCAAAAUCAUUCAGUGAACAAAUCUCCGAUUACAAGAAGAUGAUCUUCAACGCAUACAACAACAAACCUACCUCACACUGGAUUCUUCUCCUUGUAAGUAGCUUAGCCAUGCUUAUCGCUUUCCCUGCUUCUUCUCUUCUCUCACGUCUCUACUUCUCAAACGGUGGAAAAAGCAAAUGGAUCAUUUCAUGGGUAUCGGUUGCAGGGUGGCCUAUCCCUCUUCUCAUCUUACUCCCUACCUACCUCUUCACCAAAGCCACACCUACCCCCCUCACCUUAAGCCUCACUCUUUCCUACAUUUCCUUAGGGUUCUUAAGCGCUGCAGAUAAUCUCAUGUACGCAUACGCCUACGCCUACCUCCCAGCUUCAACCGCCUCCCUCCUAGCCUCCACAGUCCUCAUCUUCUCCGCCAUUUUCGGGUUCUUCAUAGUCAAAAACCAAAUCAACCUCUCAACUAUCAACUCCAUUGUCGUCAUCACAGCAGCCAUGGCCAUCAUCGCAUUGGAUUCAGACUCCGACAGAUUCUCAUACGUCACAAACACCCAAUACGCCCUUGGAUUCAUGUGGGAUGUGUUGGGGUCAGCUCUCCAUGGACUAAUCUUCGCCCUUUCUGAGCUUGUCUUCAUAAAACUUCUACAAGGAAGAUCCUUUCAUGUAGUCUUGGAACAACAGGGGUUUUGGGGUCUACUGGUGUGUUAUACCUUUCUUCCACUGUGUUAG